AUGUCGCUGAAGCAGAGGGUCAAUAAUCUCCUCGCCGUGGGGGGUGAUGUUGCAAUUCCAGUUCUCGCCACCGUCAAUUCCGCGUCAGGCGUGUUCCCUCCCCUACAGGCUGCCACUAAUGCUGCACUCUUCAUCCUCACUGAAAUCAGAAAGUUCAGGGGAAAUAAGGAAGAAUGGGAGCGUUUUGGGAAGUAUAUCGGGGACGCCAUGAUGAAUGUGGUUAAAGCCAUCGAUUCGUAUGAUGGAUCCAACGAAGAGCCUAAGCCAUGGAUGGAAGGCGUCAAGAAACUGAGCGAGGCGCUGGAGCGCAUUCGGAUUGACAUCGGUCGAUUGCGUGGGAAGAUGGAAAGGCAGUCUGGUAUCCGCAACCUCUUCUCUCAUAUGAAGAACCCUAGUAGGAUCGAUGAUUUAAAGAAAGAUUUUAGCGAAGCCUUGGCAAUGUUCCAGCUGCAGACAAACUUGACGGUUGGCGCAAUAGCAAACAAUCAAGAUCGGUUAACUCGUGGAGUAGAAGCCUCAAUUCUGAAUGAACUCAAAUAUCCCAUUGUCCCCCAUCACGAUUCAACUCAGCCGUGCCUGAAAGACACUAGGAUUGAUCUGAUUGAGCGUAUCAUGGCGUGGUGUCGUACCACGGAGGAUAGCAAGAAUCGUGUAUUACUGCUAACGGCCGUGGCUGGUGCCGGCAAGACAUCUGUUGCGCUCUCAAUCGCAGAGGAGUGUAAAAGAGAAAAGAUAUCAUCGUCAAGCUUCUUUUUCAAAGCAGGCGAGCAGUCACGGCCGGACCAUCUGUUCAGCGGCAUGGCUCGAUCUCUGGCAACCCACGACCCUGCAUACCGUACCUCGCUCAUAUCGACUCUUCAGAAGGACCCAGCCCUCUCGACUGCCCCGUUCGCGACGCAAUUCGAGAAACUAGUGGCUGAGCCUCUCCUUCUCACGACAGCACCAUCUAGCCAUCCUAUGGUGAUCAUCAUUGACGCGUUAGACGAGUGCGACAUAGAGGCAUUCCCACAUCUUGCCGACAUACUUCGAAAAGAAGUGCCGAAACUACCGCCCAACAUCAAAUUCUUUGUCACUUCCAGGCACUUCGACCUUGUUGACCGUUUUCUAUCGUUGAAUUACCCCAUCAAUCGCCUCACCAUCAAUCUGUCCGACGAUACUAACAUGCAUGACUGUGCUAUCUACAUCCGAUCGCAACUGCGUGCACUGGAGGAUGUGCAUGAUGAUUUGAAGAUCGGAAUGGGGGAGAAAGAUGAAUUGGUCCAAUGCAUAUUAGAGCGAGCAGGUGGCUUGUUCAUUUGGAUCCGUACUGUGUUUGGUUACAUGAAGGUCACCGGUGGAGAUGCCGCGAAGAUGCUAAAGAAAUUGCUCGAUGAUGAUUCCAGCCGAUCAAAGACCUCUGCAGAGGAAAAAAUGGAUAGGCUGUAUGCGAGCAUUCUGGAGAAGUGUAACUGGACGAACGACGAUUUCGUGCAUGACUACCCGAUUGUGAUGGGAGCAAUCUUAGUUGCACAGCAACCACUAUCUGUUGCGGCUUGGGAUGUUAUUCUGUCACCUCUCCUGGAGUCGGACAUCAGACAUACAUUAGCUCAACUUGCACCCCUUGUCUCAGGAGUAAGGGAACCUAACAAGCCGAUUCGUAUUCUGCACCAAUCUUUUCGCGAUUUUCUCACGGACCGAGUCGAUCCACAAUCACCCAUACUUGGUCGGUUUGCAGUGGAUGCAAGGAGGGGGGAUGCCAGAGUAGCCUUGCGCUGCAUUGAAAUAUUGAAUAAAGAUCUUCCCACUAUGACAGAUUUAGGGCUGAUUGAGGACUUAUCCGAAACGGCUAAGCUGCCACCCAUUCCUCAAGAGGUGCUGUCCGAACACGUCCAUUAUGCAUGUCGGCAUUUCGUGCAUCAUCUCAGCCAAUUUCAGGAGCCGCUGGAGGCGCCCAAUGGGCAUAUUCACGCAUUUCUCAAUGAGCAGAUAUUGCGCUGGGUGGAAGUCUGUGUGAGGACGGAAGGGUACAUUAGUAUAUCAUCAUUCCCUGAAUGGGCCAAGUUGAACAUUGAUCGGGCCUCCAAAGAAGUCAUUCACAUGUUGGUCAAAGCGUUUGGCAAUGUGAGGGGAAAUCUUGUGUUCUUUUUAAGAUUGCAGGAGGCAUAUGAGUUGGCAAGUGAUUCAGUUGCACUGUGCCGUUGCCUUGUGUAUAUGGACUCAGAUUCCUACACCCCGGAUUUGGCUCGAGCGCUCCUGAAUCUUUUUGUAUCACUUAACAAAGCUGGACGCCAUUCCGAGGCACUCAUGGUGAUCGAAGAAAGUGUGAAACUCCGGCGCGAGCUAGUUGCCACCCAUCCAACAUCAUACACCCCAGAUUUGGGUCGAGCGCUCCAGAAUCUUACAGUGUCACUCUCCAACGUUGGACGCCAUUCCGAGGCGCUCAUGGUGAUCGAAGAAAGUGUGAAACUCUGGCGCGAGCUAGUUGCCACCCAUCCAAUAUCAUACACCCCGCAUUUGGCUGGAGCACUCCAGAAUCUUAAAGUAUUGCUCUCCAAAGUUGGACGCCAUUCCGAGGCGCUCACGGUGAUCGAAGAAAGUGUGAAACUCUGGCGUGAGCUAGUUGCCACACAUCCAACAUCAUACACCCCGCGUUUGGCUCGAGCGCUCUGGAAUCUUAACGUAUCACUCGACAAUGUUGGACGCCAUUCUGAGGCGCUCACCGUGAUUGAAGAAAGUGUGAAGCUCUGGCAUGAGCUAGUUGCCAUCCAACCGACAUCGUACACCCCGGAUUUGGCUGGAGCGCUUGGGAAUCUAGAUGCAUCGCUCACCAACCUUGGACGACAUUCCGAGGCACUCCUUGUGAAUGAAGAAAGUGUGAAGCUCUGGCGCGAGCUAGUUGCCAUCCAACCGACAUCGUACACCCCGGAUUUGGCUCGAGCGCUCCAGAAUCUUAAAAUAUCACUUGACAAUCUCGGACGCCGUUCCGAGGCGCUGCUCGUAAAUGAAGAAAGGCUCAGACUCCUGCACCAGUAG